CUGCUGCUACUAGAUCCUCCCAGAAAGGCAUUUGGAGUCGGAGUCUGACUCAAAGAUACAGUUCUCUUUGGAGCAUGCUUUCGGUGACUCCGAUUUUGUUCCCGCUGGCACCUUCUCUGCCCGCCUCAAGACUUGGAAUCAUGGUGGCCAGGUUAGAUUUAAAAUCAAAUGCUAAAUUGACAGUAACAAAGCUGCAGUUUUCAAGAAAUGGUUUCACUAAUGAGGAGAAGGAGAAGUUCAAAAAUUUGCUUCAAGGUGAUGACUUCUACAGGGUAAGACUCCCAUCCAAUGUUCUAAGUCCUGCCGGGAGGGAUUAUAUUAUCUCAUCAGUGAAAGCGAGAUGUCUUCCACGAGAGGGUUUGGAUGAGCAUUUUGUCAUACUCAUGGAAGCUGUAAAUAUCUUGGCAGUCAAUUAUGGGUCCCCAGGGGCAUGCCCAUAUCCUCUGCAGUUGAAACUUCCUUUUAAAUGGGCCUUCAACUCCCACACAGUUUUAAAGAACAAUUAGAACGCACCAAGGUAUUCUCUUAUCCAUAUUAUUCGCUUAUUUUGGAUCUAAUAUUAUAGCUCCUGUUUUUUUAGAAAAUUCGCAACAUUAUUAAUUGUUUCUUUACCUUUAGUUUUAUUGAUUGACAUCUAACUGGAAGCUAUUUCAUGGCUUAAAGGGGAAUUUAUUGAUUGUAAAUUGCAAUCUCAUCCUCUUUUUUUUUAACUGUUUCAAGAGCCUAAGAUACAGGUUUUCCUCAAUGGACAAGUUUGUUUUAGUAAAUAACUUAAAUGCAU